CUUUUGUAACUUUACCUUUUUCGAGGUGGAGGUGGGGGUGGGGAUGGGGUAGUAUAUUAAAAAGUCGAUCGGAUGCUCCGGGGUUACGGUUCCGGUUUGAUUACGUCUCUUUUAAGGAGCCUGAGAUUGGGAUUUUCAUGGAUGGACACGAGCUAACCGUAUAGCAGAUGAGUGGGUUUAUAGGUCUUUGAUUAGAAGUUGGGGAAAAAGAAAUUUGUAAGGCCGUUUCAAUUUGGGAAAAAGUAGAUGGAUUGUUGCAGAAAAACGGCGGAAGAACUGGUCGGCAGGUUUGUUUCAGUGACCAUACAAGGCCAAGGAUUGUUUUGGAGGGAGCCGAGAGAGAGAGAGUCUCAGAGUGAGCUAUGGAAAGCAGCAGCAGAGCUUUAGGGCAGGCAACUGGUAGGAAUUUUUUCUAAGUUGGUUUUUGUUUUUUGUUUUUCUGUAGUCGAGAAUCGGAAUAGUCCUGUAGGUGGGUUGGAAGAGAAAUUGAGGAAUUCAUCCUGAGAGCUCUUUUCAGAUUUAGGAUUAAAAGUGAGAUCAAUCAAAGAUCAAAGAUCGAAAAUCAAAAAUCGAAAAUCGAAAAUCGAAGAUCCCCACCAUGAAGCGACAGCACUAUCAGUUCCACCAACAACAGCAGCAGCAGCAGCAGCAGCAACAGCAGCAGCAGCAGCCGCAGCAGCAUCAGAGUAGUCAUGGGUUACAGCAGAGUAGUCAUGGCUUGCGAGUCGGGGCAGGCGUCAAUCCGGCGGCCAUGGCGGCAGCAUCGGGGUCGAAGGGAAAGGAGACAGUGAUGUACAGUAGCAAGGACAGCAAUGGUGGAAUGGGUGUGGACAAAGAGCUGGCCUCCAUGGGCUAUAGUGUAAAGUCCUCUGACCUGUUGCAGGUUGCACAGAGACUGGAGCAACUGGAGAUGGUGAUGUGCAGCGCACAGGAGGAUGGAAUCUCUCACUUGUCAUCCGAGGCGGUCCACUACAACCCGUCGGACCUUGCCGGGUGGAUCGAGAGCAUGCUCACCGAGCUCAAUGUCCCCAAUACUGCCGAUCAUCACCUCGAUCAAUCCUCCACGGCUCGAGAAGCGAGCAAUUCGGUCCCUGAGUCGUCCACCUCGACCUCGCGGCCGGACAGAUCUGUGCAGAACAGGGUUGACCACUUUGGGACCGGGGUCGCACCUGGGCUCUAUGACGGUCUAGACGGAUCGGAAUUUCUGCAGGAUUAUAUGGAUCAGAUGGUGGGUCUUUUCUCCCAGAGCUCCGAUCCCUCCGAGGCUCUGCUCAUCAAUCCUGGGUCAAGUAGCCUGCUGGAACAAGACCAUCAUCAGCAGCCUCUGCCUUCUCGGGACGAACCGUCGCCUCCUUCGACAGUUCUGAUCCCGAGCUCUAGCAACUCAUCCCUGGAAGUCCAAUCGCGAGAACAAAAGCAGCUGCAGCAGCAGCAGACCCACCAACACCAACAGCCACAGGCACAAGACGAUCUGGACGUGACGGGCGGGCGGCGACACAAAAAACGGCUCCGCAGCGAGCCGGAGGCGGAGCGGCUUCUCCCUGCGGAUCGUCCUAUGGUGAUGGGUGCGGAUCCCCAGGAAUCGGGCGUUAGGCUGGUGCAUAUGCUCAUGGCAUGCGCGGAAGCCGUUCAGGAAAACCGCCACGUCGUGGCGGGCAAAAUGGUGAAAGAGAUUCGCAUCAUGGCGUGCAAUCAGGGGGGCGCCAUGGGAAAGGUCGCCACAUAUUUUGCCGAGGCUCUUGCCCGGCGAAUUUACGGUUUCCUUCCACAGGACGCCUUGCUGAACCACAACGACUCCUUGUCUGAGCUUCUCCAUAUCCAUUUCUACGAGACCUGCCCGUAUCUCAAAUUUGCCCAUUUCACUGCAAACCAGGCCAUCCUGGAGGCUUUUGCCGACCACAAGCGGGUGCACGUCAUAGACUUCAAUCUCAAGCAGGGAAUGCAAUGGCCUGCACUCAUACAAGCCCUGGCCCUCCGCCCGGGCGGUCCGCCGGCCUUUCGACUAACCGGAAUCGGUCCAAGACAGCCCGACGGGUCAGACGUGCUCCAAGAGGUCGGCAUGAAACUUGCCCAUCUUGCUGAGUCGAUAAAUGUAGAAUUCUCCUUCAGAGGCUAUGUGGCCUCUAAUCUCAGUAACCUGAAGCCAUGGAUGCUGGAUAUCAAGCCCGGGGUUGAAGCGGUGGCGGUUAACUCCAUCCUCCAACUCCACCGCCUUAUCGAUGAGGACCCCUCUCAACCUUCAUCUUCAAUCGACCAAGUUCUCGACAUGGUCCGAAGCCUCAACCCCAAAAUAGUAACAGUAGUAGAGCAGGAAGCCGAUCACAACCGACCCAUUUUCCUGGACCGUUUCACAGAAGCUCUGCACUACUAUUCCACAAUUUUCGACUCCCUUGAAGCUUGCAGACUCCCCCCGGAGAGCGAACAGCAGGUAAUGUCUGAAAUCUAUUUGGGUCGAGAAAUUUGCAACAUUGUAGCUUGCGAGGGAGCGGAAAGAGUGGAGAGACACGAGCCUCUUAUGCAGUGGAGGCUUCGACUGUAUAACGCCGGAUUUAGAGCCAUGCAUUUGGGGUCUAACGCCUUUAAGCAGGCCAGCAUGUUGCUUACUCUUUUUCCAGGUGGGGAAGGUUACAGAGUAGAGGAGAACAAUGGGUGUUUAACUCUAGGCUGGCACAGUCGACCCCUCAUCGCUGCUUCGGCCUGGCAAUGCUCUUCCUGAGGUCAGGUCUCUCCUGAGGUUUUUAGCUAAGCAAAUUUAAAGCCGCAGCAAUUGAACGAACCCACAAAAAAGUCGAGAAAGAGUUUUUUUUUUUUCCCCUUUUCUUCCCUUUCUCUUUCGAAUCUCUUCUUCCUUUUUAUAUAUGCAGUUUGUAGAUUAAUUAAUAUAGAGAAUGGAAUCGAGCCAUGUAAUAUACUCCAGUUCCAGAGUAAGCAGAUUACAUUAAUUAGAACAUUCCAAUGCCUGUAAGAGUGAAUGAUUACUGCUCUUUCGAACUUA